GAGGUGGAGGAGGAGGAGACGCGAAAUUGAGGGGCCGAGCGCGGGCCAGUCCCUCCCGCGUCCCCAGCUGACGGAGGAGUCUGGCUUGUGUCCCCAGUGUCAGAUGAAAGGGCGCUGAGGCUCGCCACCCGGCUCGGCGCACGCCCCUCCGCCAGCCCCGGGACACCCGGCGCCUCUCUCGGCUGGGGACUGUUGCCACCACCGCUCCGGGGCGGCCGCCCGGUCCCCGACGCGAUGUGGCCGCGCCUGGCCUUUUGUUGCUGGGGUCUGGCGCUCGUUUCAGGUUGGACGACCUUUCAGCAGAUGUCCCCGUCGCGCAAUUUCAGCUUCCUCUUCUUUCCGGAGGUCGCCCCGGGGGCCUCGGGACGUGUGCCCGCGCCGGCCGCACGGGGCGAGGCGGAGGCGACGGUGGGCAAAGUGGAGCGCCUGGGCCAGGCGUUCCGGAGACGCGUGCGGCGGCUGCGGGAGCUCAGCGCGCGCCUGGAGCUCGUCUUCCUGGUGGACGAGUCGUCCAGCGUGGGCCAAGCCAACUUCCUCAACGAGCUCAAGUUCGUCCGCAAGCUGCUGUCCGACUUCCCCGUGGUGUCCACUGCCACGCGCGUGGCCAUCGUCACCUUCUCGUCCAAGAACAACGUGGUGCCGCGCGUGGAUUACAUCUCGGCGCGCCGCGCGCACCAGCACAAGUGCGCGCUGCUCAGCCGCGAGAUCCCGGCCAUCACCUACCGCGGCGGCGGCACCUACACCAAGGGCGCCUUCCAGCAAGCCGCGCAAAUUCUUCGUCACUCAAGAGAAAACUCGACCAAAGUUAUAUUUCUCAUUACCGAUGGGUAUUCCAAUGGUGGAGAUCCCAGGCCUAUUGCAGCAUCACUGCGAGAUUUUGGAGUGGAGAUCUUCACUUUUGGCAUAUGGCAGGGGAACAUUCGGGAACUGAAUGACAUGGCUUCCUCCCCGAAGGAGGAGCACUGCUACCUGCUCCACAGUUUUGAAGAGUUUGAGGCUUUAGCUCGCCGGGCACUACACGAAGAUCUACCUUCUGGGAGUUUUAUUCAAGAGGAUAUGUCCCACUGCUCAUAUCUUUGUGAAGCUGGCAAAGACUGCUGUGACCGAAUGGCCAGCUGCAAAUGUGGAACACACACGGGUCAAUUUGAAUGUAUCUGUGAAAAGGGGUAUUAUGGGAAAGGUCUACAAUAUGAAUGCACAGCCUGCCCACCAGGGACAUAUAAGCCUGAAGCUUCUCCAGGAGGAGUCAGCACGUGCAUUCCAUGUCCUGAUGAAAACCACACUUCCCCACCUGGAAGCACUGCCCCUGAAGACUGUGUGUGCCGGGAGGGAUACCGGACAUCUGGCCAGACCUGUGAAGUCGUCCACUGUCCUGCCUUGAAGCCUCCUGAAAAUGGUUACUUUAUCCAAAACACUUGCAAAAACCACUUCAACGCAGCCUGUGGGGUCCGGUGUCGCCCUGGAUUUGACCUUGUGGGAAGCAGCAUCCUCUUGUGUCUACCCAAUGGUUUGUGGUCUGGGAAGGCGAGCUCCUGCAGAGUGAGAACAUGCCCCCAACUCCGCCAGCCUAAGCAUGGCCAUAUCAGCUGUUCAACUGUGGAAAUGUCCUAUAACACCACGUGUUUGAUUACCUGUAAUGAAGGGUACAGAUUAGAAGGAAGUGCUAAGCUCACCUGCCAAGUAAACUCACAGUGGGAUGGUGCAGAACCCCAGUGUGUGGAACGCCAUUGCACCACCUUUCAGAAACCCAAAGGCGUCAUCAUCUCUCCCCCCAGCUGUGGCAAGCAGCCAGCCAGACCUGGGACUCACUGUCAGCUCAGCUGCCGCCAAGGAUUCAUUUUAUCUGGGGUCAGAGAAGUGAGAUGUGCCACUUCUGGGAAAUGGAGUGCCAGAGUCCAGACAGCUGUGUGUAAAGACGUGGAGGCUCCCCAAAUCAACUGUCCUAAGGACAUGGAAGCUAAGACUCAGGAGCAGCUGGACUCUGCUAAUAUCACCUGGCAAGUCCCAACCGCUAAAGACAACUCUGGUGAAAAGGUCUCAGUCCAUGUCCAUCCAGCCUUUACUCCACCUUACCUUUUUCCCAUUGGAGAAGUGGCCAUCACCUACACAGCCACUGACCUGUCCGGCAACCAAGCCAGCUGCACAUUCCAUAUUAAGGUUAUUGAUGUAGAACCACCUGUCAUAGACUGGUGCCGGUCACCACCUCCAGUCCAGGUCUCUGAGAAGGAGCACGCUGCCAACUGGGAUGAGCCUCAGUUCUCAGACAACUCCGGGGCUGACUUGGUCAUCACCAGAAGUCAUACGCAAGGAGACCUUUUUCCUCAUGGGGAAACAAUAGUGCGGUACACAGCCACUGACCCCUCAGGCAACAAUAGAACAUGUGAGAUCCACAUUGUCAUAAAAGGUUCUCCCUGUGAAGUUCCCUUCACACCUAUAAAUGGAGACUUUAUCUGUGCCCAAGAUAAAGCUGGAGUUAACUGUACCCUAAGUUGUCUGGAGGGCUAUGAUUUCACAGAAGGGUCUACUGAGAAGUAUUACUGUGCUUUUGAAGAUGGUAUCUGGAGGCCACCAUAUUCUACUGAAUGGCCAGACUGUGCUAUUAAACGUUUUGCCAACCAUGGAUUCAAGUCCUUUGAGAUGUUGUACAAAGCAACUCGCUGUGAUGACAGGGAUCUGUUGAAGAAAUUUUCCGAAGCAUUUGAGACUACCCUGGGGAAAAUGGUCCCAUCAUUUUGUAAUGAUGCUGAUGACAUUGACUGCCGACUUGAGGAACUGACCAAAAAAUACUGCCUGGAAUAUAACUAUGACUAUGAAAAUGGCUUUGCAAUUGGGCCAGGGGGCUGGGGCGCAGCUAACAGGCUGGAUUACUCGUAUGAUGACUUCCUGGAGGUGGUGCAGGAGACACCCACAGUUGUGGACAGAACCAGAUCAUCACGGGUCAGAAGGAAUGUCCCAUUGUCUGACUACAAAAUUAAGUUGAUUUUUAACAUCACAGCUAGUGUGCCACUACCUGAUGAAAGAAAUGAUACCCUUGAAUUGAAAAAUCAGCAACGACUCAUUAGGACAUUGGAAACGAUCACAAAUAGGCUGAAAAGGACCUUGAAUAAAGAACCCAUGUAUUCCUUCCAGCUUGCCUCCGAAAUGCUGGUGGUUGACAGCAACUCCCUGGAAACAGAAAAGGCUUUUCUCUUCUGUAGACCAGGCUCAGUGCUGAGGGGACGCAUGUGUGUCAAUUGCCCAUUGGGAACCCAUUAUUCUAUGGAGCAUUCUGUCUGUGAAAGCUGUCAGAUGGGAUCCUAUCAAGAUGAAGAAGGACAGCUUGAGUGCAAGCUCUGCCCUCCUGGAACUCACACGGAGUAUCUGCAUUCAAGAAGCCUCUCCGAAUGCAAAGCUCAGUGUAAACAAGGCACAUAUUCACCCAAUGGACUUGAGACCUGUGAAUCCUGCCCACUGGGCAGUUAUCAGCCAAAAAUUGGAUCUCAGAGCUGUAUCUUAUGCCCAGAACCCACUACAACUGUGAAGAGAGGGGCCAUGGAUAUUUCUGCUUGUGGAGUACCCUGUCCAGUGGGAGAAUUCUCCCGUUCUGGAUUAAAACCCUGCUACCCAUGCCCUCGAGACUAUUACCAACCUAACCCUGGGAAGUCCUUCUGCCUAUCUUGUCCCUUUUAUGGGACUACAACCAUCACUGGUGCCAGAUCCAUCACGGAUUGCUCAAGUUUUAGUUCAACUUUUUCAGCAGCAGAAGAGAGCAUAGAGCCCCUUGCCUCCCCUGGACAUAUCCACAAGAAGUACGAAGUCAGCAGUCAGGUUUUCCAUGAAUGCUUCUUAAACCCUUGCCGCAACAGUGGGACCUGCCAACAACUUGGACGUGGUUACAUUUGUCUCUGUCCGCCUGGAUAUACAGGCUUGAAGUGUGAAACAGAUAUCAAUGAAUGUAGCUCACAGCCCUGCCUCAACAAUGGAAUGUGUAAAGACCAAGUUGGGGGAUUCACUUGUGAAUGCUCAUUGGGAUACACAGGUCAAAUAUGUGAAGAAAAUAUAAAUGAGUGUAACUCCAGUCCUUGUUUAAAUAAAGGAACCUGCAUUGAUGGUCUGGCUGGCUAUCGCUGUGUGUGUAUGAGAGGAUAUAGUGGCCUACACUGUGAAACAAAAGUCAAUGAAUGUCAAUCAAGCCCAUGCUUAAACAAUGGAGCCUGUGAAGACCAAGUUGGAAGGUUCUUGUGCAAAUGUCCACCUGGAUUUUUGGGUACCCGGUGUGAGAAAAACGUGGAUGAGUGUCUCAGUCAGCCGUGUCAAAAUGGAGCCACUUGUAAGGAUGGUGCCAACAGCUUCAGGUGCCAGUGUGUACCAGGAUUCACAGGGCCACACUGUGAGUUGAACAUCAAUGAAUGCCAGUCCAACCCAUGUAGAAAUCAGGCCACAUGUAUAGAUCAACUAAACUCAUACAGUUGUAAAUGCCACCCGGGAUUUUCAGGCAGCAGGUGUGAAACAGAACAGUCUGCAGGUUUUAACCUGGAUUUUGAGGUCUCGGGCAUCUAUGGCUAUGUCAUGCUUGAUGGAGUACUUCCAUCGCUCCAUGCUAUCACCUGUGCAUUCUGGAUGAACUCCUCUGACACCAUCAACUAUGGAACUCCAAUCUCCUAUGCUCUUGAGGAUGACAGUGACAAUACCUUCCUCCUGACUGAUUAUAACGGCUGGGUUCUGUAUGUGAAUGGCAAGGAAAAGAUAACCAACUGUCCCUCCGUGAAUGAUGGUGCUUGGCAUCACAUCGCAGUCACUUGGACAAGUGCUGGUGGAGCCUGGAAAGUCUAUGUUGAUGGAAAAUUAUCUGACAGCGGAACUGGCCUCUCUGUCGGCACAGCCAUACCUGGUGGUGGCGCAUUAGUUCUUGGGCAAGAGCAAGACAAAAAGGGAGAGGGAUUCAACCCAGCUGAGUCUUUUGUAGGCUCCAUAAGCCAGCUCAACCUCUGGGACUAUGUUCUGUCUCCACAGCAGGUGAAAUCACUGGCUACCUCCUGCCCAGAGGAACUCAGUCGAGGAAAUGUGUUAGCCUGGCCUGAUUUCUUAUCAGGAAUCAUGGGGAAGGUGAAGGUUAAUUCCAAGAGCAUAUUCUGUUCUGAUUGUCCACCUUUAGAAGCAUCAGUACCUCACCUGAGAACUGUGUCGGCAGAUCUAAAGCCGGGCUCCAAAGUCAGUCUGUUCUGUGAUCCAGGCUUCCAGAUGGUCGGGAAUCCUGUGCAGUACUGUCUGAAUCAAGGACAGUGGACACAGCCACUCCCUCACUGUGAACGCAUCCGCUGUGGGGUACCGCCCCCUUUGGAGAAUGGCUUCUAUUCAGCCGAGGACUUCCACGCUGGCAGUACAGUGACCUACCAGUGCAACAAUGGCUACUACCUGCUGGGUGACUCUAGAAUGUUCUGUACAGAUAACGGGAGCUGGAAUGGCGUCUCACCACUGUGCCUCGAUGUUGAUGAGUGUGCAGUUGGAUCAGAUUGUAAUGAGUACGCUUCCUGCCUGAAUACAAAUGGAUCCUACAUAUGCUCAUGUAUCCCACCAUAUACAGGAGAUGGUAAAAACUGUGCAGAACCUAUAAAAUGUAAGGUUCCUGAAAAUCCAGAAAAUGGCCACUCUUUUGGUGAGAUUUAUACAGUGGGUGCUGAAGUCACGUUUUGGUGUGAGGAAGGACACCAGCUGACAGGAGAGAGCAAAAUCACAUGCCUGGAGUCUGGAGAAUGGGACCACCCAGGACCAUCCUGUGAAGCUAUUUCCUGUGGUGCACCUGCCGUUCCGGAAAAUGGAGGCAUUGAUGGGACAGUAUUUACUUAUGGUAGCAAGGUGACUUACAGGUGUGAUAAGGGAUAUACUCUGGCUGGUGAUAAAGAGACAGCCUGUCUUGCCAGUGGUUCUUGGAGCCAUUCUUUUCCUGUGUGUGAACUAGUGAAGUGUUCCAGUCCUGAAGAAAUAAGUAAUGGGAAAUACCUCUUGAGCGGGCUCACCUACCUUUCCACUGCAUCGUAUUCAUGCGAUAGUGGAUACAGUUUACAGGGCCCUUCCCUCAUGGAAUGCACUGCUUCAGGCAGCUGGGAUAGAGCGCCACCUACCUGUCACCUUGUCUUCUGUGGCCAGCCACCUGCCAUCAAAGAUGCUGUCAUCACUGGGAGUAACUUCACUUUCGGCAACACUGUCAGUUACACUUGCAAAGAAGGCUAUACCCUUGCUGGUCCUGAUACUAUUGAAUGCCUGGCCAAUGGCCAGUGGAGCGGAAGUAACCAGCAGUGCCUAGCUGUCUCCUGUGAUGAACCCCCCAACGUGGACCACGCCUCUCCAGAGACUGCCCAUCGGCUCUUUGGAGACACUGCAUUCUACUACUGUGCGGAUGGUUACAGCCUGGCAGACAAUGCCCAGCUCCUCUGUAAUGCUCAGGGCAAGUGGGUCCCCCCCGAGGGCCAGGACAUGCCCCGGUGCAUCGCUCAUUUCUGUGAAAAACCUCCAUCUGUUUCCUACAGCAUCUUGGAGUCUGUGAGCAAAGUGAGAUUUGCAGCUGGCUCGGUAGUGAGCUUCAAGUGCAUGGAAGGUUUCGUGCUGAACACUUCGGCAAAGAUUGAGUGCAUGAGAGGAGGUCAGUGGAACCCCUCCCCUCUGUCCAUCCAGUGCAUCCCUGUGCGCUGCGGAGAGCCGCCCAGCAUCUUGAAUGGCUAUGCGAGUGGAUCGAACUACAGUUUUGGGGCCAUGGUAGCUUACAGCUGCCACAAGGGGUUCUACAUCAAAGGGGAGAAGAAGAGCACCUGUGAGGCCACUGGACAGUGGAGUGGCCCCAUACCCACAUGCCACCCUGUGUCUUGUAAUGAACCACCUAAGAUUGAGAACGGCCUUCUGGAGCACACCACCGGCAGGACCUUUGAGAGUGAAGUGAGGUAUCGAUGCAACCCAGGCUAUAAGGCAGUCGGAAGUCCCAUGUUUGUCUGCCAAGCCAAUCGCCACUGGCAUAGCGAGUCCCCUCUGUCCUGCGUCCCUCUCAACUGUGGAAAACCUGCCCCGAUCCAGAAUGGCUUCGUGAAAGGAGAAAGCUUUGAAGUUGGCUCCAAGGUUCAGUUUUUCUGCAAUGAGGGUUACGAGCUUGUUGGUGAUAGUUCCUGGACUUGCCAGAAAUCUGGUAAGUGGAGUAAGAAGCCAGUCCCCAAGUGUGUGCCCACCGAGUGCCCGGAGCCACCGCUCUUGGAGAACCAGCUUGUACUGAAGGAGUCGACGUCCGACGUGGGGGUGGUGACGAUUUCCUGCAAGGAAGGCCAUGCCCUGCUAGGGCCCUCCGUCCUGAAGUGCUUGCCAUCCCGGCGGUGGAACGACUCUUUCCCUGUGUGUAAGCUGGUCCUGUGCCCCCCGCCGCCGCUGAUUGCCUUCGGAGUCCCUGCUUCUCCUGCUCGGCAUUUCGGAAGUACUAUCGAGUAUUCUUGUGUGGAUGGGUUUUUCCUAAGAGGACAUCCCACCACCCUCUGCCAAGCUGAUGGCGCCUGGAGUUCUCCACUGCCAGAAUGUGUCCCCGUAGAAUGUCCCCAACCUGAGGAGAUCCCCAAUGGCAUCAUUGAUGUGCAAGGGCUUGCCUACCUCAGCACCGCUCUCUACACCUGUAAGCCUGGUUUUGAGUUAAUGGGCAACACGACCACCCUCUGUGGGGAAAAUGGUCACUGGCUUGGGGGGACACCAACGUGUAGACCCAUUGAGUGCCCGGAGCCCAGGGAGAUUUUGAAUGGAAAAUUCUCUUACACAAGCCUUCACUAUGGACAGACCAUCAUGUACUCUUGUCACCGAGGCUUCCGGCUUGAAGGUCCCAAAGCCCUGACCUGUUUAGAGACAGGCAACUGGGAUAUGGUUGCCCCAUCCUGCAAUGCCAUCCACUGUAACGCCCCACAGCCCAUUGAGAAUGGUUUUGUUGAAGGGGCUGAUUACAGCUAUGGGGCCAUGAUCAUCUACAGCUGCCUCCCGGGGUUUCAGAUGGCUGGCCAUGCCAUGCAGACCUGCGAAGAGGCAGGAUGGUCAAGCUCCAUGCCAGCAUGUGUGCCCAUAGACUGUGGUCUCCCUCCUCACAUCGAUUUUGGAGACUGUACCAAAGUCAAAGAUGUCCAGGGCUACUUUGACCAAGAAGAAGACAUGAUGGAAGUCCCGUAUCUGUCUCCUCACCCUCAUCCUUUGGGAGCAGUGGCUAAAACUUUGGAAAAUACCAAAGAGUCCCCUGCUACACAUUCACCCCCCUUUCUCUAUGGCACUGUGGUUUCCUACACCUGUAAUCCAGGGUAUGAGCUUGUGGGGAACCCCAUGCUGGUGUGCCAGGAAGACGGGACUUGGAAUGGCAGCGCGCCUGCCUGCAUUUCCAUUGAAUGUGAUUUUCCUGUUGCUCCUGAAAAUGGCUUUUUGCAUUUUACACAGACUACCAUGGGCAGCGCUGUGCAGUAUAGCUGCAAACCUGGGUACAUUCUGGAAGGCUCUGACUUAAGGCUCUGUCUACAGAGUAAGAAGUGGAGUGGUACUUCACCACGCUGUGAGGCCAUUUCAUGCAAAAAACCAGCCCCGGUCAGGAAUGGAUCCGUCAAAGGAGGCAACUACACCUACCUGAGCGUGUUGCACUAUGAAUGUGACCCUGGAUAUGUGCUGAAUGGCACUGAGAGGAGAACAUGCCAGGAAAAUAAAAACUGGGAUGGACACGAGCCCAUGUGUCUUCCUGUGGAUUGCGGCUCGCCCCCAGUCCCAGCCAAUGGCCAAGUGAAAGGAGAGGAGUACACGUUCCAAAGAGAGGUUGAGCACACGUGCAAGGAAGGCUUCUUGCUUGAAGGAGGCAGACGUCGUGUUUGCCUUGCCAAUGGGAGCUGGAGUGGCGCCACUCCCUCCUGUGUUCCCGUCAGAUGUGCCACCCCACCACAGGUGGCAAAUGGGGUGAUGGAUGGCCCGGAUUCUGGCUUCAAAAAGGAAGUGGUGUUCCGAUGUGUGGAGGGCUAUGUGCUGUACGGAGCUUCAAAGCUCACCUGCCAGUCAGAUGGGACCUGGGACGCAGAGGCUCCCGUCUGCAAACCUCUCCACUGCGGUCCUCCCGAGGACCUCCCCCACGGCUUCCCCAAUGGCUUUUCCUUUUAUCACGGGGGCCAGAUCCAGUAUCAGUGCUUUCCCGGUUAUAAGCUCCAUGGAAGUCCUUCCAGAAGGUGCCUCUCCAGCGGCUCAUGGAGUGACAGCACACCUGCCUGCCUGCCUUGCAGGUGUUCCACACCUGUGAUUCAAUAUGCAACCGUCAACAGGACGGACUUUGACUGUGGGACGACAGCCCAGAUUGAGUGCUUCAGAGGUUUCAGGCUCCAGGGACUUUCUGAAAUCGCUUGUGAAGCCAAUGGUCAGUGGAGCUCUGGCUUCCCACACUGUGAACACACUGUCUGUGGCUCUGUCCCAGCCAUACCGAAUGCAUUCGUGAGCGACAGCAGCUCUUCAGAGGGAAAUGUGAUAACUUACAGCUGCAGACCUGGCUAUGUCAUGCAAGGCCGUUCAGAACUGAUUUGUACUGAGAAAGGGGCAUGGAGCCAGCCUCAUCCGGUCUGUGAGCCCUUGUCCUGUGGGCCACCACCGUCUGUUGCCAAUGCAGUGGCAACUGGAGAGGCAUAUACCUAUGAAAGCACGGUGAAACUCAGAUGUCUAGAGGGUUACAUGAUGGAUACGGAUGUAGACACAUUCACCUGCCAGAAAGAUGGUCGCUGGUCCCCUGAAAGAAUCUCCUGCAGUCCUAAAACGUGUCCUCUGCCCUCCAAUUUAACACAUAUACGUGUUUUUGGAGAUGACUUCCAUGUAACUAAGCAAGUUUCUUUGUCAUGUGUGGAAGGGUAUAUGUAUGAGGGAGUUAACACAUCCACAUGUCAGUUUGACAGCACUUGGGACCCACCAUUUUCUGAUGAAUUCUGCCACCCAGUUUCUUGUGGGCAACCUGAAAGUCCAGAACAUGGAUUUGUAGUCGGCAGUAAAUACAGCUUUGAGAAUACAAUUGUUUAUCAUUGUGACCCUGGCUAUGAAUUAGAGGGGAACAGGGAACGUGUCUGUCAGGAGAACGGACAGUGGAGUGGAGAGGUAGCAACAUGCAAAAAGAGCAGAUGUGAAGCACCAUCCGAGCUGCAGCAUGGGAAGGCUGUCCUGGAAAACACUACAUCUGGGCCCAGCAUGGUCUACUCCUGCCACAGAGGCUAUAGCCUGGAAGGGUCUCCUGAGGCACGCUGCACUGAAAAUGGAACUUGGAGCCACCCAGUUCCUCUCUGCAAACCAAAUCCAUGCCCAGUUCCUUUUGUGAUUCCUGAGAAUGCUCUGCUUUCUGAAAAGGAGUUUUUUGUUGACCAGAAUGUAUCAAUCAAAUGCAGGGAAGGCUUCAUGCUCAAGGGCCACGGUGUUAUCACCUGUAGCCCAGAUGAGACGUGGACGUUGACAAGUGCCAGAUGUGAAAAAAUUUCAUGUGGUCCACCAGCUCAUGUAGAAAAUGCAAUUGCUCGAGGAGUGCAUUACCAAUAUGGGGACAUGGUCACCUACUCCUGUUACAGUGGGUAUAUGUUAGAAGGCUCCCUGAGGAGUGUUUGCCUAGAAAAUGGAACAUGGACUUCACCUCCUGUUUGCAGAGCUGUUUGUAGAUUUCCAUGUCAGAAUGGAGGUGUCUGUCAACGCCCAAAUGCUUGUUCCUGCCCAGACGGCUGGAUGGGGCGACUCUGUGAAGAGCCAAUAUGCAUCCUUCCAUGUUUGAAUGGUGGACGCUGUGUGUCCCCGUAUCAGUGUGACUGCCCACCUGGCUGGACUGGGUCCCGCUGUCAUACAGCUACUUGCCAGUCUCCCUGCUUAAAUGGUGGAAAAUGUGUAAGACCAAACCGAUGCCAUUGUCUCUCAGCCUGGACAGGACAUGACUGUUCCAGGAAGAGGAGGACUGGGUUUUAAUCACCACGCACCCAACCAGCUUCCCUAAAGCAGGAUCAUCUCUUCAUGGUAACCAUGGGACUCCUGGAACCUACACCAAGGAAGCCACCGUGGUGCCGGGACUAGUGGAUUUAGUAAACUUGUUGUUUGAGGUUGACUUUUUUUUUAAAUGUUGGGAUCUAUUUUGUUAUUCUUUGUGGCAUCCUUCGUUACUUGUUUCCAUGUUUAAAUAUGCCUGUAUUUUCUAUAUAAAAUUUAUAUUAAAUGGAUGCUGCUCACCCUCAUAAUGUACAUACUUUACUAUCUAUUGGGAAAAUUCCUGGAACACAUUUGUAUCCAGUUACUUAAAGUGAUUUUGCAUUAAAAUAUAUUUUGCUACUAAA